AUGCCCCCUCGCAUAAGUCCUCUCAUUUCCUUCCUCAUCUCUGCUUCCCUCCUCCUCACUCUCAUCACCGCGCAGUCAAGCAGCACCCAAUUCGGCUCAUGUGUCAACAACUGCAUCUCCACCUACCCGAUCGUCAACCACUGCAACGGCACCGAGACGGGCUCCGCGCUCGACCAGUGCAAAUGCGAGAGCUACUCGCCCUCCAACGACCCCUUGAUCAAUUGCAUUCUGGGCUGCCCUUCGGACCAGCAACUUGCAUUCGCGGAUAGUCUCCCGAAGCUCUGCGCACAGACAUUGUUCCUGGGUUUGGAUCUGUCGGAUCAGCCCAAACCCUCGGCGGAGAACUCGGCUGCUAGCGCCACGGUCGACGCGGCAAAAGCUACAGGCAGCACGACAAGCGGCAACGGUGCAGCUGGCUUUGGGGCGGGGGUGAACAUGCUGGGAUACCUCGCCUUGACCUUGGGCGUCGCAGUGUUGUUAUGA